UAAUCCUCAAUCUCUCGGAUUUACAGAGAAAUUGAAGUCUUGGCUCUCUUGGUCAUGGACAUACGUGUGCUUCAUCUGGUUCGGCAUGGUGCUGAUUAUGAUAUACGUCCUGUGGAGUCCGCUGAAACUGCAGGAAACUCUUACCUCAGCCUCAGUGUUUUUGAAUACACUGACACCCAAGUUCUAUGUGGCUCUCACUGGAACCUCCUCCCUCAUCUCUGGACUCAUCCUUAUAUUUGAGUGGUGGUAUUUUCGUAAAUAUGGGACCUCGUUCAUCGAACAAGUGUCAGUGAGCCACCUGCGUCCUCUGCUGGGUGGAGUAGAGAGCAGCUCCACGACUGGUCUGUUCUCAUCAGUCAAUGGAGAGGCAGAGCCCAGACCCAGUGUCUCAGAAUGCAAGGUCUGGAGGAAUCCUUUGAAUCUUUUCAGAGGAGCAGAGUAUAACAGGUACACCUGGGUGACUGGGAAGGAACCCUUAACAUACUAUGAUAUGAACCUGUCUGCUCAAGAUCAUCAGACCUUCUUCACAGGAGACACUCAACAGUUAAGGCCAGAGGAUGCUGUGAUGCAGAAGGCCUGGAGAGAAAGAAAUCCUCAAGCACGGAUCAGAGCAGCUUACCAGGCCAUAGAAAUGAACCACGAAUGUGCUGCAGCUUAUGUUCUUCUAGCAGAAGAAGAAGCCACAACUAUCACAGAAGCUGAACGCCUCUUCAAAAAAGCAUUAAGUAUUGCUGGAAAAGAUGUCAACUUACUGGUGUACAUUAAACGCAGACUGGCAAUGUGUGCACGCAAGCUGGGGCGCAUCAAAGAAGCAGUAAAAAUGAUGAGAGAUUUAAUGAAAGAGUUCCCUUUAUUGGGAAUGUUAAAUAUACAUGAAAACCUCCUGGAGGCACUUCUGGAGCUUCAGGCAUAUGCUGAUGUCCAAGCAGUCCUUGCAAAAUAUGAUGACAUCAGCUUGCCAAAAUCAGCCACUAUAUGCUAUACAUCUGCACUGUUGAAAGCACGGGCUGUUUCAGAUAAGUUCUCUCCAGAGGCGGCAUCCAGGCGAGGGUUAAGCACAGCAGAAAUGAAUGCUGUGGAGGCCAUUCACAGAGCCGUGGAGUUCAAUCCACAUGUGCCAAAGUACUUAUUAGAGAUGAAGAGCCUGAUCCUGCCUCCAGAGCACAUCUUGAAGAGGGGUGACAGCGAGGCAGUGGCAUACGCUUUCUUCCACCUGCAGCACUGGAAGAGAGCAGAAGGAGCCUUAAACCUACUACACUGCACCUGGGAAGGCACCUUUCGAAUAAUUCCCUACCCACUGGAGAAGGGUCACCUGUUUUACCCCUACCCAGGAUGCACAGAAACAGCAGAUAGGGAACUACUGCCCUUUCUUCAGCACACUCUUUGCACCCCUGGGUUUCUUUGCAGACAAGAUGGAAAGCUUCAUGCCGUCCAGUUUUUGGCACCAGCUGACUCGGAUCUGACCCCAUCUCACACUCACACACAAACACACACACGCACACACAUACACAUCAGUACCACUCCAAACCCUCAGACAAAAAGUGUUUGCUCUCCUGUCUUCAGCAUUACUGUCCACUUGCUGCAUUGUUACUGAUUAUGUUGGCUGAGCUUGUAUCAACACAGCAAUACCACUCCUAAGAUGCUCUCCCACACUGUUCCAACAGACAGAGUUUUUCCAAGAACACAUUUGGCGAAUACCAUUUGCAACAAUUUCACAGGGUCACUCACUUGUCAUGAUAGUAACUUGGGGAAAUUCUAAAUUUUUCAAGAUCCCACAAAGCCUGGCUCUAAAUUUGGCCAUUCUUCUCACAAUAAUAAUUUAAACCAUAAAACCUGCAUGAUUUUAUCUCCUUCUGUGACAGAUGAGUUUGUUUCUACCAGUGUGUGAAAGACAACAAAUGUGUAUGUGAAGGAUUUCUCUUGCAUAAUAUCUGUUUAUGGAUACAUGUUAUCACAUUCAUCUCUUUUCUCAGCAUGAUUAUGUGCAUCCGAAAGAUUCCAUAUAAUAUUUGAAAUGGGAACCUGUGUGUCCUAUAUCAACCUAGUGCCUCACAGACAUCCAGUGGGGCAGAUCUAAAAGUCUGUGAGACCUCCUGAAAACAGAGCAGUGAUUUACAGCCUCAGAGUGGCUGCAGUGUAUACAUCUUCUCUGCAGUUCAACAGUUGUUACCAAGGCAUGACACCUCAGCACUAUAUCACUGGGGCAACUGGCGCCCCACACAACAUCAUAAUGUAAAUGGGACCAUCACUGGUCACAGCAAGGCCUCUCAUGGCAUCACUCAUUUCUGAUGAUUGCACUACGCAUUCUAUCAUUCAGUGGGCUGGUCAUUGGGUAAACAAAUAUAACAGAGGCCAUGCAUCACACACAAUGCAACAAAUAUCUUUAAGACAUACGAUUACAGUUAUUCUAAAUGUAAUAGAGUUCACUCUCUUGUUCUCAUAAUGCACUGACAGCAUAUUCAGUUGGUCACUUUUACUACCUGCUUAUAUGCAAAGGAGAAUUUAAAGCUGGAAUUAACAUUUGCAGACAUAUUAAGUAAUUUUACCCCAAAAAUAUACAGUAGGUGAGUCUACUGCAAUUGGUUUGGUGAUAUGAACAUUGCCCUCUCUGAAAAAUGUCUCUGUUUUUUUUUUUUUUUUUAAUCAAACUCAAUAUGCUGAGAUAUCGGUGCCACUUCAUGUAAUAACUGACUGAUAUUGUAAUAACUUUUCAGAAACAACUGUGUCUGGUCUGUUUUGUAAAAAAAAAAAAAAAAAAAGGAAAAGAAAAGACCUGUUCAUGUAGUAUUUAUAUACAUAUUAUUCUGCACCACAAACAGAGUAAAACUGCAAAGAAUGUAAUAACAUUUAAUGUUGAAAAUACAUCAGUAAAGUAUUGUACAGUAAUACUGUGAUGACUCAUCAUCCCAACUAUUUAUUGCAUCAACAGGUUUUAUAACGUCUGAAACCAUUUAACACAAGUUAGUUAUUACAUUAUCAGUGGCUGCUGCAGCCUCAAGCUCACUCAUGUCUCCGGUUGUACUGACAACUCCCCACUUCGUAUGUGAUAACAGAGACAAUGUGGUGAUAGUGAAGUGCCUUUUUAGUACAUUAAACUACCAAACUACUACUAACUAAACACCUAUUUGGCAUUUACCACAAUACUGAUGUGAAGUUUAGCAACUCUGUUCAAUUUUGAUGGAUUCAGCUCGAUAGAUAUAAACAAAUUAUUGAUUCCCCAGUGAUUAGAAUUACAGGGAAAAAAAACAACAACUGGUGAUUAUGGAGUGGCACGUAAAUGUGUGCUGUUAUAGUGUGUUUCAAUUUUAGAUUGUAUUGGUAACAAUUCUCAACUACAAGUAUUCUGCUUUGAAUUUGACACUGGUGAGUUUUAGUCGUACAUGCUGAAGACAGGAGACUGCGUGAACAAUUGUAACUACCCUUGGAUGAGUUUGAAAGCAAAACUUACAAUAAAUUACUCAUUCAGUGCA